AUGCUGUCUCCGCCCGGAGCACGGGGCCGCGGGGGUGCGACGCACCGGCUGAGCCGGGCCCGCCGCACCGGGCAGGCCUCCACUCUGGUGACGGAAGGAAACGAAUUGGGAGAGCGGCUGUGCACCGUGGUGGGGACGAAGCCGAUCUGGGGGUCGCCUCCCCGAGGCGUGGGGCCUCCGAAGGGUCCGCAGCAGCGUGCCUGGAGGCGAGAGCUUGCCAUGCUGGUGGCCUCGGCGCAGGCGCACGACCGCGCAAAGACCGCUGCGAGCGAGGUCAGCCCUGCCCCCCCACGGCGGGAGCGCCUGGCGGACCAGGGCCUGGAGGCAGCCUCGGCCAGAGCAGGGUGGGGCCCGGCUGUCACCGGGGCAGCCAGAGUGCUCCUGCCGCAGAUCGGCGAAAGAGAAGCUGAGCAGCUUUGCCCGGCCCUCAGCAGCUGGGCAGUGGGACAUCUGCCAUCAUCCCACCCUGACGAGGUCCGGCUCUGGAAGGAAGAGUGUGUCCCUGGCUUCUGUCCCAUUGAACCCAAGGUCAAGCCCUCAGGGGGAGGCCGGGCCCUGCUGGUCCUCUUCAUGCACGGCUUUGGAGGGGCUGGACCCUGGGAGGACACGGUUCUGGGGCCACAGGGCCUUAAGGACGGCUGCUCUCUCCUGACGCCAGGGUACUGGCCACACUGGGAGCCCGGGGGGGCCGGGGCCGGGGAAAGAGCUGCGCAGAGCUUCGGGACCCGGCUUUGGGCUGCGACGGGCCUGCUGGGGGGUCCCAGCCCCACAGCCGAGGCGUGCAGCCACGGGGAAGCCACGUCUCCACGCGGAGCCUCUGCUUCCACACUAGGGCCCGUGCUGGGAGCGUCCAGUAAAAGCAGCCUCUGUCCAGUGCUGGCGCCAGAGACCGACUCACCUGGAGGCAGAAACAUUUCGGAAGAUCCGUGUCAAAAGGCUUUUAUCAGCGCGGCGCAUCCGAGCAGCCCGGCCCGGGGCCCCAGCAGCAGCCCGGGAGGCCUCGGUCAGGAGGGGGGAGGCCUCGGUCAGGCCCCGGGAAGACCAAACAGGCGGCAGCUGGAGAAUCCUGCCUGGUUACGGGUGAGCUUUGGGACUCCCCACCUGGGACACAAAACCAGGACCUCUAGAAGGUUCUCAAGCAUAGGCACAACAGCCUUGUCAGCAGUGGGACCCGGCCGCCCUGUCCAGGGGCCCGGCCAGUACAGCUCGAGACCUGUGGGCCACCUGCCCGUAGCUGAAGAGGGGAAAUCGUCGACCCUGGUCGAGGGACAGAAAUCAGAGGAUCUAACCCCAGCGUUCCUCCAGGCGCACCUGGUGGGGAGGUCAUCCAAGCUCCUGGAUCUCUUCAAGCGUCCUUGACCUUCCUGAGCCCUCCACGGGGUCCCAGGGAUGAAAUUAGAAGAUUCUGUGCCCGAGGACCUCCUGUUCGUCCUUCAGUGCCAGCCCAGAGGGGAAGCCUCCCCGCGCUGCCCCCGCCCCGGCCCUGGCUGCGCUCCCGCCGCACUCUGAGCUCGUCCCCGCCCUGACCCAGAGCAGCCCGCACGUGCUGUCCGCCGGCAGCCCCGCGAGAAUGUUCUGGACUCUCACGGUCCAGUAUGCCGGCUACGAGCCACACGUGACCCCGGAGAGGCGGACCGCAGCUCGCAGGAGCGGACACCUGCUGCGCGUGUGGGCAAUACCGCGUCUCUAGGACUCUGUGCCGAAAACCAAACGAAGAAGAGCUUGUGAGUAGCUUUUGUGUUGCUCCACGCGUCGAAGUCCUAACAGUCCCCGUACUGGGUUCAAUAAAAGUGUAUUGUUAAAGUUCA